AUGGUAAAAAUUCUCACAGAGGAAUCACAGUUCCCGAUUGAGCUGGCAAAUGCCGGCACAAAAUUGGUAGUUGUUGAUUUCCAUGCAGAAUGGUGUAAACCAUGUACAGAUAUAGGCCCCAAGGUUGAAGAAUUUAGUAGGAGAUUUAGCAAUGUUGUAUUUCUGAAAGUUGAUGUCGAUGCUCUGCCUAAUCUCAGUAGAGCGCAGCAAGUUAACCAGCUGCCCACCUUUCAGUUUUUCCGCAACAAAGUUAAAAUAGACGAGAUGCGUGGUGCCAAUCAGCAAGCAUUACUGGACCUGAUAAACAAACAUGCUUCUGGAGAUGACAGUAUAGAAGAUGAACCAAGAGUUAAAGGUUUUGUGGAUUUAUCUUCUUUUAUCAGCAAAUCUGGCUCUGAAUGUUUGAAUGGGGCUGAUGAUUAUCCAUUUACGAAUUGCUUGGAAAAAAACGGCAAUUACCUUGAGUCUGACUGUGAUGAGCAGCUUAUUAUUUUUAUAUCUUUUUCUCAAGCAGUUAAGUUACACUCAUUGAAAAUUCAUGCACCAAACGAAAAUGGUCCUAAAAAUAUCAAGCUUUUCACAAACCAACCAAUAACUCUUGAUUUUGAUAAAGCUGAAAGCAUGGAACCUGUUCAAUCAUUUUGUCUAAAUCCCAGCGACUUAGAAGAAGGAAAUGUUAUUGAAUUACGCUAUGUGAAAUAUCAGAACGUGCAAAACGUCACAAUCUUCAUUAAAGAUAACCAGGGUGGAAUGGAAACAACCCAGAUUAAUUAUUUAUGUUUUAUAGGCACCCCUGUUUCUUCAACAGACAUGUCUGAAUUCAAAAGGGUUGCGGGCAAGAAAGGAGAGAGCCACUGA